AUGCCUAAGAAAGCUGCGGGCGAAAACUCUAAAAAGGCCGCAGGCAACGCCCGCAAAGCCGACGCCGCGGCCGCAAAGCAAGCGGAAGCGGACAAAAAGGCAGCAGCCGCAGAAGCCGAGCAAUGUGCCGCAGCAGAAGAGAAACAAGCUGAGGCUCUGCGCAAAAAAGCCGAAAAAGCAGCCCUUCUCGCUGAAGAAGAAGCCUCACUUCCCUCCAAGCCCAAAGGCGCCGGCGCCAAAAAGGCAGAGAAGAAACCCAGAGGCAUAGAUUCGGCAUUUAGUGAUCUUGACGGUCAAACUUCAAAAAAGGCUACAUCACUCAACGCAACCGGCAUUGACAAUGCGCUUGACGCGCUAUCUCUGACGUCUAACACCAAUGAGAGCAUAGACCGGCAUCCAGAGAGGAGAUUCAAAGCAGCAUAUACCCAGUAUGAGGAGCGAAGAUUAGAAGAGAUGAAAGAUGAGAAAGGACUGAGGCGAAACCAGAAGAUUGACCAGAUACGCAAGGAAUUUGAGAAACAUCCAGACAACCCAUUCAAUCAGGUCGCAGGGAAGUUCAACAGUACGCGGGAAGAGUUAAGGGAUAUUGCGGCGGGUGAGAGGGACAAGACAGAGAGGAGGCUUGGAGGGCAGUGA